UGCAUUUGUUACGUUGCUUUUGCUUGUAGACACAUAGGGACUCUGAACAGAAGCCCUUGUGGAAUUAAUUUUUCUAAACAAAAACAAAAUCUGACCUUGUUCUCUGCAGUGUGUGAUUGCGAGCACUUAAGUGUAGCAGACUGGACGUUGUUGGGCAAUAAUAUGUACUUGGCCCCAUAAUGAAUAGUCCUCGACUUCCAAUCCCAAUUGAGCUGGAAUCUUCUUGUAGUUGGCACAAAGCAGUAAUUAAGCUGGAUGUCACGUGACUGUUUCCGCUCAAUGAGUGCAAUUGUGGAUUAAGACGGAAAGGAAUAGAAGGUUGUAAAGGAACAAUGAAAACAUUGGUCAUUGGACUUGGAGGUGUAACGAAUGGAGGCAAAACAACUCUGGCAGGAAAGUUGAAGAAACUGCUUCCCAGUUGUACUAUAAUUUCCCAAGAUACAUUUUUUAAGCCUGAAUCUGAAGUGGCCAAAGAUGAUCGUGGAUUUCUGCAGUACGAUGUACUUGAUGCCUUGUACAUGGAGACAAUGGUGGCAAGCAUACGUUCUUGGAUGACAAAACCAGAAGACUCUGCAUUGCCAAGACCACCCAAUAAUACACAUGAUGAUCAGACAGGAGCAAAAGAUAUUCGGGUCUUAAUUAUUGAAGGUUUCCUUCUGUUUAACUACAAGCCCCUUAGUGAUAUAUGGGAUAAAAAAUAUUUCUUAACAAUUCCCUAUGAAGAGUGUAAAAGGCGAAGAAGCAACAGAAUAUACAAUCCACCAGACCCACCUGGUUACUUUGAUGGACAUGUGUGGCCUAUGUAUCAGAAACACAGGAGAGAAAUGGAAGAAAAUGAAGCAAGCAUCGUUUAUUUAGAUGGAACAAAACCACAGGAAGACCUCUGUUCAAGGAUAUAUAAUGAUAUAAUGCAGGAAUUGGAAAAGACAAGUGAGCAAGGCAUUAUUAUGCAUGCAUAAAACUGGUUCCCAGCCUGGAGAGUUUCAUUACAACCACUUAACUUCAUUAAUGAAUCACUGAAGAACAUCCCAGGCCACCAGUACCAGUUGACAGAAAUCAGUAAAAAUUAAAUGAAGAUUGGCGCUUCUGUACUAUGGGAUAUAUUGUUUGUGGUUCAGUACCAAAUCAGUUGCUACAAUUCCUGUAACUCCAUUAAUUUCUUCUUAAUAUUGUCAAAAACGUAGGUUGUUAUAUUUUAUAAUUGUCUCUGUACUAAAUAAAGUUGGAGGUCACUUUUUGUA